UGGUGCCGGACGAAAGCGCAUCUUUUUAUUCCACCCCGAUUCUGCUCAGUGUCUCAGUAUUCAAUUAUUCAUCUUUAUCAGUUACCUUCACAGGCAUUGAAUCCCAUGCUCUGAUUUCUAUUUCUAGAAUCCAAAAGGAGCUAAAUUGUUCCUUUUUUCCUUAGAAUUACUAGCUCGUGUAGAAAUUCGAAGGAUCAAACGCCGACGACUUGGGAAGUUGACGCACUUCACGACAAUCCAAUACAGAGUCUGAGAGAUUCCUUUGAUACAUCAUCAUUUACAGCUUCUCUUUUCUGCUCUGCGUAUUCAGCUGCCGUGCAUUCAUCCAAGAUGAGUUCCGUCGUUCAGGGUUUCACCAAGUCUCUGGCUAUGACUGUGCUCUCUGAAAUCGGGGACAAAACAUUUUUCGCUGCUGCGAUCCUGGCUAUGCGUUACCCCAGACGGCUUGUUUUGUCAGGUUGCCUAUCAGCUUUGAUUGUCAUGACCAUUCUAUCUGCUCUUGUCGGAUGGGCUGCUCCAAAUCUGAUUUCUCGUAAAUGGGCUCAUCACAUAACGACAUUGCUGUUCUUUGGUUUUGGGCUAUGGUCCUUGAAGGAUGCAAUAUUUGAAGAAGGGGAGUCUGAAGAACUGGCUGAAGUUGAAGCGAAAUUGGAUGCGGAUUACAAGGCUAAUGGGGGGUCCACAAAAGAUAGCAGUAAGGUUAAUGAUGACUUGAAAAAGCAUAAACGGCCCCUUUUCACUCAGUUUUUCUCCCCCAUAUUUUUAAAGGCAUUUUCUAUCAACUUUUUCGGUGAGUGGGGUGACAAGAGCCAGCUGGCUACCAUUGGUUUGGCCGCUGAAGAGAAUCCAUUUGGUGUGGUUCUUGGUGGCAUUGUUGGACAGGCGUUUUGCACUGCUGCUGCUGUUGUUGGAGGAAAGAGUUUGGCAUCUCAAAUAUCUGAAAAAAUGAUUGCACUCUCAGGUGGAAUUCUUUUCAUUGUAUUCGGUAUCCAGUCAUUCCUCACUCCAAUUGAAUGAUGAAGACGGCUGUGCUAUUGGUCGGUUUAUCACACACACUGUAUGUGGCAAUGAGGUUGGCUGCCUGAAGAAUUCAACUUGUUGCCUUAGGUAUUGUGGGGGUAAAGGUUGUUUUUUGACCCUUCCAUAUAAUUUAUGGGUUAAAAUCAAAUAAGCAUGGCUGGACAGGCUCUGAAUUCAUUGUUCUAAGUUUAGAUAAGUGGAUUAUUUUUCUUUUUAAUUGUAGAACUACUUUUCA